GUUGCCAGUUCUAUUCGUGCUUCGCUAUCUUCGUAUCCUCGCGUACUACUCGCUCGUGCGAUAGAGCAUAGCCGCCUAGUCUCCAGCAGUAGAAGCCUUUGGAUUGCUUUGACGUGACUAUUUCUCGUUAUAUCUCGCGAUUUUCCUCUUCCUCGAGGCUGCACUUUAGAAGGAGUCCGUUUUUCGUUUCCUCUCGUAUUAUUGCCCCUCCAUCUCGUUCCGUCUCGUCGGUUCUGCGACCUAGUUUUCACCGCACCGGCCACCAUGGCGGCGGGAGGAGCGGCGGGGCGAAAUUUCUUGAUCGCGGUGGACGAUUCGGAGGGCAGUCGCCACGCGUUACAGUACGCGUGCGAAAAGGUCGUCGAAGAUAACGAUAGGGUUACCAUCGUUCACGUGCGACCAAAGAUUGAAGAGGUGGACUUUUAUGCCGCGCAGACCUACAAACAGGAGUUCGAGGAACAGUACCUUCGAGAUAGUCACAAGCUGCUCGACAAGUACCAGAAACUCGCCAGCACUUACAAGCCGUCGUUCAAGAGCGAGUGGGUGACGAAGAGCGCGUGUGGGGACGCCAGGGAGAAGGUUCUAGAGACGGCGCACGAGGUCGACCCUGAUGUGAUUGUAAUGGGGAGUCACGGGCACGGCGCUAUAACGAGAGUGUUAUUGGGGAGUGUGAGUGACCACGUGGCACAUGCAGCCAACUGUGCGGUCUUGAUCGUCCCAACCCCCCAUCAAUCCGUGCCAUCCACCGUCGCUUCCGCUAUCCCCGGGAUGGAUGCCCUUUCUAAAAUAGUCAAUUCAGCUCACUAGUACGUUGAUAGGUAACGGUGCAUCCCCUCACAGGACUAGCACAUCCACCUCUGCUAUCCCUGGGAUGGACGCCCUCUCUAUAAUAGCCAACUCAGCUCAUUUGUGCACUGAUUGGUCACUUCAUAGCACUGGUUGGCAUAUCCCCCCGGUCACUACCAUCCCUGGGGUGGAUGUGCUCUCUAUACCAUCUCUCUAGAAUAGUGAAUGCAGCUCGUUAGCAGAUCCAGCACCUCUGUCCUCAGCCCGUUCCCUUGAGACUGUUACACCUGUAGGAACAAUACUGACCACAUACAGUAAAUCUGCUGUUUAGAAAGGAGGCUUGGUGGGUGUGUGUCCAGCAUUUAUGCGGCAUAUCA